GAUUCCCUUCUACAAGAGAAAACGUAAAGAAAAAUGAUUUUAUGGAUAUUAUCUAGCCUAGUCCUGGGGUGUACUGGUGGAUCAGAUUACAACGCUGAUUACAUUCUCCUACCUGAACAUAGGCCUACCCCCUCUACACCUUCAUUCCUCCCCGCCCACUCACCAAAUAUAUCCGUCUCUGUGGGGGAGAGGGCGGUCCUCAACUGCAGAAUCAACCACGCCACGAUGAACACCGUAUCCUGGGUGAGGGUGGGUGAAGGUGGGGCAGGACCUGGAAAGGCUGGUGGAGCACCUGAACUACUAGCUGUGGGUCGGUUCGUUUUCAGUCCUGAUGGCAGGUUGUCAGUGGCUCAGGUUCAGCAUACUCAGGACUAUAUGCUGAUCAUACAGCGUGCGACUUUACAAGACUCUGGUUGGUAUGAAUGUCAGCUGAAUACUGAUCCCCACACAAGUCAUGGAGUUCAUCUUAGUGUUGUUGAACCGAGUAGUCUGGUUGAAGGAGAGAAGGAGGUAUAUGUAGAUGGUGGAUCCUCCCAUUCAAUAACAUGCAGGGUACAAUCUCCCUCUCCUCCUCAUCAUAUAUUCUGGUACUUUAAUGGACAGCCCCUGACUCCUGGUUCUGAUAUAAGACUAGAGGAUCAUCUGAACCCUGGGAUGAGCUGGAGCAGACUUAAUAUUGAUCGAGUAUCCACUAAACAUACAGACGAUUUUACUGAAUAA